ACACCUACCGUGGUUUGGUUGGUUGAACAAAAUGGCAACGUAUGGUGACGAGCCAGUCGACAGCUAUUUCUAUUCAUCUUACAACCCGUACACGGGCAGAUACCCCAGGCCUAAAGACGCCGGGUGGAAGUAUAAAAGUUACCUCUCCCACUAUGGAGACACCUCGGACGCCUUUAACAACCACCAGCGCGCCCAGCUGAAGUCCAUCUUGUCUAAAAUCAACCCCAAACUCACCCCGAGGCUCAGGAAGGCGAACACUAAAGAUGUGGCGGUGCAGGUCAACCCGAAGAGAGACGCCUCGGUGCAGUGCGCCAUCGGCCCGAGGACCCUGGUGGCCUUGAAGCGAGACUUCAGGCGCAAGCGGAGGCAGGAGCCGACGACACCCGGCAGCCCCAUGACAGCGGGCGGCGUGCGUUACCCCCGCACCCUCGCCGUGUAUUCCCCGGUCGCCUACAGAAGCGUCACCUCCUUCCUGGUGGACGAGAACAACAAUAUAGAAGCGACCAGCGGCGAGGCGCAGACCGGAGAGCCGCCCGGCGGGGAGCCACCGGAGUCCGCGAGGAGAGGCGACGGGAAGACGAGUGAAGACGACGACGACCAGGCAGGUGAGGAGGAUGGAAAGACCGCGAAGAUGUCAGACCAGCGCAAAAAGGUGAAGUCCAUGCAACAACAGGUGAAGAGUGAAGCUGUGGCGCCGACGGAGGGGCCGAAGAGUGACGACGUGCUGCCGGCGGAGGAGUCAAAGGGCAGGGCGCGCGUGAGGUUCCAGUUUCUGGAACAGAAGUACGGAUAUUAUCACUGCAGAGAAUGCAAUCUGCGAUGGGAGAGCGCCUAUGUUUGGUGUGUUCAGGGCACAAACAAGGUUUACUUCAAACAGUACUGUAGGAAAUGCCAAAAGGACUUUAACCCAUACCGCGUUGAGGACAUCACAUGUCAUACAUGCAACAAAGCGCGUUGUUCCUGUGCAAUGACGCAACGCCACGUCGACCCCAAGCGGCCCCACAGACAGGACUUGUGCGGCAGAUGCAAAGGCAAGCGGCUCUCCUGUGAGAGCACUUUCAGCUUCAAGUACAUCGUGUAGGAGGGCUUCUCGACUGAACUCUGCCCAUGUUCUGUGGGGGAUAUUUGCAGAUGCAAUAAUAAUGGCAUCUUGGAUGCAAAACAAAAUAUUUGAUGUUUCAAGUCUUAGUUUCAUGCCUGUUUUGUGUUGAUGAAAUUAAUGGUAAGCACCACACACGUGGAAAUGUAAUAAAUGUCUACCUUGCACUUUG